AUUGUACUAAUCUAUAACCUUAUAUAAUUACUGAGAUUCAUUUCUAGGAUUUGUUAAGUAGUGAAAUGAAGAAGCUAUGCAAGUGAAUUUAAUUUCACAACUCGAGAACAAAAAAAAGGGUUUGCCAAAAAUAUAAACGCAAUUAGUAAUUCUUGAAGUUGCAGAAAUACAGAAAUGGGUUGGACUUGGAUGGUGUGUUCCCGUCUGCCGCUUCUUUUCACCGCCGCAAAACCCCAAUUCCACACUCCCCUCUCCGCCGCUAAAUUGCUCUGCUUGCCAGAUGCUGCCCUCGUCAGAUUUCUUGGCCUUUAUCAUCCCAUGUUUCAAGUUUCUCGCUCAUACGCCCGUGAUAGGCGCCCGAGUUAUGAUCUUUUCGGAGGCAAAGUUCCGAAAGCUGCCGAGUUCAGGAAGGAGUGGGCCAAGAAAAUGGAGGAUGAUGAGGAUCAUCUCUGGACAGGUAGCGAAGACGAGAGCGAUAACGAAAGGGACGAUCAUAUCCAGCUAAAGAAAGAGAUAAAAAAGGCGAAGCAGCGGGCAAAGGAGCGGUCUGAUCGCAUUGAUGCUGAUGACAGUGAUGAACUCCGCAGUAUUUGGUCAGAUAGUGAUGAGGAGGAGAAAAGCCUUUGGACUGGUGAUGAAGGAGAUGAUGAAGAUGAUGUGCCUACGGAGCCCUUCCCCAAUGAGAGAAGUGAUCAAUACAUUGAUCAUUUGUUUGAGUUUGAUGAGAAACCCAAGUAUCGAACACUUUCCCAGGCGUUGAAAGAGGAGGAGGAGGAGUUGCCCCCUGGUAAGCUAGCUAGAAAGCAAGCUGUGCAGAAUGCUCUCAAGAAGCUUAAGAAAGGUCCCGAUGGGCGAUAUACCAAUGUGUGGGAGGUCAUGAGUGAUUUGGACAUUCUCGUUGGAGCGUUUCAGAACAUCAUCUCAGGACCAGAAUAUGAAGAGCUUAGGCAAGGUGGGCCUAAGAAGUUAAACAUGGAAUUUUUCAAGGACAUCCAAGCUAAAAUGCGGGAUCCAAACUACAAGUUCUCGCCCGAGCUGAAGUUGAAGCCGAAGAGCAGGCUAGUAUCAAGGAAGAAAUGGAUGAAAACAGAAUCGAGGCGCAGGAGGGCAAGAAGGCGAUAGGACAGAAAAGAUAUUGCUGUUAAGCUAAAAGGACUGCUAACUUACCGGUCGUUAGAUAGAUACACCUUUGAUAUCAAAUUGAAAAACAGAAAAUGGAGUAGCUUUUUGAUGGAGCUAGAAAAGGAUUCUUAUCGUCAUAACUUCUUCCUAAAUAUCUUUGAAUGCCUCUGCCUACCUUUAUAUUUUA